AUGUCUUCCGCUGGCCACGGCGCCGAACCAUUUCCGGUGGCAGAUGCUGUUCCUUCUUAUUGGAGAAAACAAGUGGGGCCAAUCGACAACCAUCGCAGUACCGAAGAUCUUGUCACGAGGGCUGAUAUUGUAAUUAUUGGCGCAGGAUAUGUUGGAGCAUCGAUUGUGCAUCACUUGAUCGAGCAGAGUGUGCGCUGCGACCGCCCAAUUCCUUCGAUACUCAUCCUCGAGGCUCGUGAGGCUUGCUCUGGCGCCACUGGACGCAACGGCGGUCAUUUGAAGCCUGAUCCACUGUUAAGAGCUGCCAGCGUACUCGAGGUGCAUGGAAAAGUGGUUGCGGAGCAUGUGGCUUCAUUUGAGGCCCGUCAAGUUGCCGCAAUCAGGGACCUAGUCCAGCGUGAACAUAUCGACUGUGACUUCGAAGAAACCAAGGUCACAGAUGUCUGUUUAUAUAAAGAAGGUCGAGAUAAAAUUAAAGCCGACCUCGCCAAAAUCGCCAAAGCCGACAUCUCUACGGCGAAGGGGAUAGAGUAUAUCUCAGGUAGCAAAGCUGAAGUGAUUUCUGGCGUUCGGGGUGCAAUGUCUUGUCAUACAUACAAUGCUGCCCGUUUGUGGCCGUACCGACUUGUGACGCACCUGCUGGAAAAGGCCAUAUACCUAGGAGUAAACCUGCAGACACAUACGCCUGUUACAAGUGUGUUAGCUGCAAACGCAAGCUCAAAAGAUUACCGUUGGCUUGUGAAUACACCACGCGGCUCGGUCAAGACUGAUACCGUCGUGUAUGCUACUAACGGUUACACUUCGGCCCUAGUAUCAGAGAUGAGAGACAAAAUUGUCCCUGUGAGAGGCGUAGUUGCACGGCUGGUGGGCGCAAAUGCACCGAAAUUGACAGACAGUUAUAUGAUACGGCUCUCAGACUACGAGUACGACUACAUGAUUCCUCGGCCAGACGGUAGCAUCAUCUUGGGUGGUGGAAAGCGAGACUACUACAAGGACUUGGACGAAUGGUUUGACGUUUCCGACGACAGCAAAAUGAUAGAAAGCGCGCGAUGUUACUUUGACGGAUAUAUGCAACGACAUUUUCAUGGGUGGGAAAACAGCGGUGUCCGCACGGAAGACAUCUGGACCGGCAUUAUGGGCUACUCUAAUGACGGGUUUCCUUAUGUUGGACCAGCUUGCGGGAGACCCGGCCAAUACAUGUGCGCGGGAUUCAGCGGGCAUGGCAUGCCGCAGAUCUUCUUCUCUGCAAAAGCUGUCGCUUCUAUGAUCAUUACGGGUAAUACGAAGGAGGUCGACCUGCCUGUUCCAUAUCGUAUCUCUCCGAGCAGGUGGUAUCAGCCAAAGGAGCACAUGUCUCUGAAAAUGUGGCAACAAGUUUCAAAAAGCCAACCUGCUCGAGAAAAACUGUGA